GCUCACACGAGCUGACUGCAUCAAGAUCAAGACAGACGCGUGCCUUUUUCUGAACAUCCACACCAUUUGUUGGACUUUGGCGCGGUGCAAGACAACUUGCAUUGACAGUUUCUAACAACAACACUGAGUUUGAAGAACAGAUCAUGUGCAGUACUAUGGAGACCCUCUACUCUGACUUGGACAGCUCAAGCUGUGACUUGUCCUACUCACAAACGGACGACGAAGACUCUCGCAGCAGCAUACAGGCGGGUUCCCCGUUAUCCUCUUUUGGCCAGCCGUCAUCUCCCAUCAGCAGCAACCAGGAACCCUCUAGCCCCGAGCAGCAGCAGAAAAAGAGACGCAGGGGGCGCGUGAGGAGUGAGGCCACCGUGCAUGUGGUCAAGAAGAACAGACGCAUGAAGGCCAACGAUCGCGAAAGGAACAGGAUGCACAACCUCAAUGAUGCUCUGGACACUCUUAGGAGCGUCCUCCCGGCGUUUCCGGACGACACGAAACUUACAAAGAUCGAGACUCUGCGCUUCGCCCACAACUACAUCUGGGCGCUUUCAGAGACAAUCCGAAUUGCAGACCAGCGCCAGAACAAGUCCCAAGACGCUUCACUCCUGCUCCCAGGGCUAGUUUGUGUGGCUGAUUCCCCGAGCCCGGGCAGCGACGCGUGCUCUUGGAUGUCAAGCGCCUCUUCCUCCUCCUCAUCCCCCUCGUACUGUACCUCAAAUCCCAGCAGCCCGGCAGUUUCGGAAGACUAUGGAUUUUUGCAGACUGACAGUCUGUACAGCUUUCACAACUUUGUUCCAGGCAUCUAUUAAGAGACUCCCAUAAUAACUUUUAUUGAGCAGAUAUGGCCCGUCGUAAUGUUGGUAAUAGUGACAACUUGAAGGGGAUCGGCUUUAUAGUAAAGUCAAGUUUGUCACUCAGUUUAGAAAAAAGAAAAGCGAGGCGCCGUAGCUUUUUCUAACUAUUCACUGUUUGCCUUAACUAUGUUACAUAAGCCUGUCUGAUACCCUGUGUGUAUUUCGUAUUUUCAUUUAUACUCACAUCUCUGAUAAUGCAGAUAUAUAGGAUAAUUUUAUUUUUGUGAUUGUUUUUAUAUAUAAUUGUACGGUAGCCUUUGCUAUGCUAUUGUCUUCAAAACCUUUGCACUUUUCCAGCGCAUACACUAAAGUCCUCUUGAAAUCUUGACCCCCACCUCUAUUAAAAGAAAAUUAGAAUUAAAAAGAAGAAAAGACAGAUUUGCUUUUGCAGACUGAGGUGAAAAGUCAAUUUUACAAUUUGUAGAGUGAUAAUAAAGAAAAACGAGCGUGGAAAUUUGGUUUCAACGCUCUGACAAUAGACUGAAAGGCUGUCAGAAGACGAGGAUCUGGUCUCAUGCAUUAUGUAUUUCGACCCCCUGAAAACCGUUCUGUCUCGCUCUGCAGAAAGACUCAAUCCCACGUGCGAGGACCAGCCCAGCCCUGACUUAGUUUUGAUUUAAUUUAUUCAACGUUUUGCUUUCAUAUUAAAAUGUAUUUUUUAUUGUAUAUAAAGAGAUUUAUUCUAUUAUGUAUUUAC